UUAUGUUGACACAAACGUAUGAAUGUCGAGGAAGUAGAGUUACCCGACGUCAAGUUGACUCGAAAUGCAAAUAUGUUCGAAAUAAAAUUAUAUUUUUCAAGACUUUCCAAGCAAUAACUGACUAUAAGUAUUGUUAGCAGUCAUGCCAGCUCAGCCCGCUGCAAGGGAGCCAGAGGAGGAGAUGGAGGCUGACCCUGAGGUUCCUCAAACUAAUGGGGAGGUGGAGGAGGAGCGAGAGAGAGCAGAAGCAGAGGAAACCAUGGAGGAGAGUGGAGAGGACCGGGAUAGUGACCUGGAGGAGAGUGAGGCAGAGGAAGAGGAGGAAGAAGAGGAAGAGAGUUCAGAAAUGGAUGAUGAAGAUUGUGAGAGAAGACGAACACAAUGCCUAGAUGAAAUGUCUGACUUGGAAAAACAAUUUAUGGAGCUAAAAGAAAAGCUCUUUCAAGAACGCCUAAACCAGGUCAAAAUGAAGCUGGAUGAUGUUUUAACAGGAAAGGCAGGAGAGUACAGAGAACCUCUGGCAACACUGCAACAGAACCUACAGCAGAGAACACAAGUAGCAGGUGUGUACAGAGAACUCUGUAUGCAGGUGGUCAGACACAAACAUGAAUGUGAGGUACAAGGGGCAAGACAACACCUUGAGAGUGAGAAGACACUUUUGUUUGAUGCCAUGAAAUCAGAACUUCUGGAGAAGAUACGCAGAUUGGAAGAGGACAAGCAGAGUGUAGAUAUUACAUCAGAGUGGUGGAAUGAUGGAGUGAGGAUGAAGAAGUGCAAGAGGAGGAGUCACCUGAUUCGCACAGAAAGGAAGAAGAAAGCAGCACUAGUGUCAGGGCCGUACAUAGUGUAUAUGCUGAGAGACAUUGAUAUACUGGAGGACUGGACUGCCAUUAAGAAGGCUAAAGCAGCGCUGAUUCCCUUGAAGAAAAAGGCAGACAACAGGCAGAUUUCAGUCAAGUGUGAAGGUGGGACUCUUGUCUAUGAUGGAGAGAGAUUCUCCAAAGGCAGCAGUGUCUUUCUAGAAGUCAGCGACGACACCCCAGCACAGGCUGUAAUAACAGGGAUCAGCACAGGAGAGAUCUGGUUCAAGCACACAGAUGGCAGCAAAACCAAAAUCUACGUCUCCCAGCUUCAGAAAGGCAAAUACACCAUACGAAAGACUUAGAGCCUAGUGAAGAGAAGACACUUAGAAAGUGUGUAUACCCACCCUUUAAUGCCUACCAAAUAACAUGCAUUAUGCCUACCAAAUAACCUUUUAAACAGUGGAUAAAUCCAGUUUAAUGCUAUGCUCUGAAAAUAAGUAGGCCAGAGAGUUUGCUAAAUUGACAAGUUUACCAAAUACAUUCUUAAUAAUAUGCCAAGUUGACUAUGUAUAGAGUUUGAUAUGCACUAGGAUCGUAAUUUUUGUUGAGUAAUUUAUUUUGAGAAAUGUAACAAAAGCAAGACUGCUACUGUAAUGAAUAUCAGCAUUUAUUAAUUUUUCGCUUAGUUUCAGGUAAGAUAACAUUUUAUAUUUUGUAUUCUUUGUGAAUGAAGAUGAUCUCUAAACAAGGCAAAGCAUCAAGCUUUGCAUGUCACCAAGCAUCCGUCUGAAAGAAAGUAUGUAAUAAUUUCCCCUCUCUAUGCAAAGCAUUCAGUUAUCACCCGGCUCCAGCUUUAUUUCUGGUUUUCAUGUUCUCGCCCCGAGCAAUAAUGAAACGUAGAAAACACGGUGUUGAGUUUGACUUCAUUUGGAGCAGAGCUCAGCCAAUCAAAUUACAGGACUAGAUUGUUGUAUAAUAAUUUGAAAAUUAAGGUCUAUUUCAAAUACACUAAAACAUAAGGGCUGCACUCACACAUCAAUUCUUUUACAUGUUGCAAAACCGGCUUAUCUGUUUUUUUUAUGUAUGAAGAAAACACAAUCAAGCAUCUUUAGUUACAGUAUAAUUGCACUUCAGAAUAAUAAGAGAUGUAAGUACAUUUUGAGACUGUUAUUCGAAUACCUAGUAUUUAUAGACUGUAAACUGAUCUGAUGAAAGAGGGUGCUUUUUAAGACUUAUUUAUGAAAUGUUCAAUGUAACCAUGUAUUUAUAACAAAAAGCAUUAUUAAAAUCUAAUGUUUUAUUACAA